GCUGUAGGAGGAAGAGAUCCGCCAUUUUAGAGCAGACACAUACACACUCGAGUCACUGAUCAUUUAAUGGUGUGUACGAUUUUCUAAAAGAACAGGGAAUUAAUAGAGUUAUUACGAACAAAUCUAAAGAGAGAGGAGAGUUUUCAAAAGUGUUUAAUCCACGGGGGCUGAAGAUGUCUGCCGACAGGAGAGAUGAGAAAGAUGGGGAACUGAAUGUGCUGGAAGACAUUUUGACUGAUGCUCCUGACCAGGACGAUGAGCUCUACAACCCUGAAAGUGAACACGAUAUUAAUGAGAAAAAAGGGUCUAAAAGAAAGCACGAACGAAGAGACAGCCAGGAUGCAAAGCGGCUCAGAGCUUCAGGACACACUACCAGACAGCCAUUAAAGAGAGCUACCCCUUCUUCUGGAUCAAAAAAGACAAGCAAUCUCGGAGGAAGACAUGGAUCAGAAGACCUCUAUGAAGAUAGAAAGAGCCAUGCUGGAAGGGCGGGUGCAUCUCGGGCUGAUUUAUCAAAAGGAUAUGGUGAAAAGGGCCUGUCCCGCAGCAGAGACUCCCAGAGACGGAUCAAGCCCCUGCUCCCUGAGCUGACAGAGAAGAUGCAGAGGACUAGUGAGGACAGUACAGGCAGGGCAAGUCACUCCUCCAGAGAGGAAGAGGCUCAUUCAGAAGAAUAUGCAACUGGCAGCUCUGUGGCUUCCUCUGAGGGCAACUGCUCGGAUGUUGAAGAGGAAGGAGCCAUGCAGGAGGAAGGAGAAGAGAAGGAAGGAGAAGAAGAAGAGGAGGAGGAGGAGGAAGAAGAGGAAGGGGAUGAAGAAGAGGAGGAGUAUGAACUGGAGGAGGAGGACCCACGGGAGAGAAAUGAAGAGAAUGACUACGAUACUCGAAGUGAAGCCAGUGAUUCCCAGUCUGAGUCUGUGUCCUUCUCGGAGGGAGAGUCUGUGCAUUCAGCCUCAGGCUCAGAGGCGUCAGGGUCUGAAAAGAAACAUGAGAAACUGUCCUCUUCUGUCAGAGCUGUGAGGAAGGAUCAAACCAGCAAGCUGAAGUAUAUCCUGAGAGAGGCCAGGUUUUUUCUAAUCAAGAGCAACAAUCAUGAGAACGUCUCCCUGGCUAAAGCAAAGGGUGUUUGGUCCACUUUGCCUGUAAAUGAGAAAAAACUCAAUGCAGCUUUCCGCUCUGCUCGAAGUGUUUUGCUAAUCUUUUCAGUUAGGGAGAGUGGAAAGUUUCAAGGUUUUGCUCGACUCUCGUCUGAAUCUCAACAUGGAGGUUCUCCUAUCCACUGGGUUCUACCCGCAGGCAUCAAUGCCAAGAUGCUUGGAGGAGUCUUCAAGAUUGACUGGAUUUGCAGGCGGGAAUUACCUUUCACAAAAACAGCUCACCUCUCCAACUCAUGGAAUGAGCACAAGCCUGUAAAGAUUGGACGUGAUGGACAGGAGAUCGAAACAGACUGCGGGACACAGCUGUGCAUGCUCUUCCCACCUGAUGAGAGCAUUGACUUGUAUCAAGUCAUUCACAAAAUGCGGCACAAGAAGGGGAUGCACUCAGAGCAUCGAUCUCGGGGCCGACUACCCCACAGAGAGCCUGUCCCUCGGGACAUGGGAAGGCGUCGUCCAGAGGAAUAUGACAUGCACAACCGCAAGCGGCCCAGGAUUGAUUACACACCAGAAUUCCCCCAGAGACCAGGUUUUAUGCAAGACCCUCGCAAUCCACCUGUGGACAGGCGCUUCUCUGGUGUUAGGAGAGAUGUGUUCCUCAACGGAUCCUACAAUGACUAUAUGAGAGAAUUCCACCACAGCAUUGGGCCCCCACCACCAUGGCAAGGAAUGGUAAGCCUAACCAUAAUCACUGAGUUUUUCUGUUUCUGUUGCUCUGGUUAUCAAUGUGUUUCAAUCCUGAUACUGUUUUAUCCGAAGGCCCCAUACCCUGGAAUGGAGCAUCCUCCCCAGCACCCGUACUACCAGCAUCAUCCUCCUCCACCCCAGGCCCACCCUCCUUACUCCGGACACCAUCCCAUGCCCCACGAUGCCCGCUUCAGAGAAAAGAGGGUUGUUCGCUCUUUUGCAUCCAGUUUGCAUGACUAUGACAUGCGAGUGGAUGAUUUCCUGAGACGAACGCAGGCGGUGGUGAGUGGACGCAGGAGCCGACCACGUGAGCGUGACCGACAGAGAGAGCGUGACCGGCCACGGGAUGGGCGUCGGGACCGAGAACGAGAGCGUGGCAGAGAACGGGACCGUGAGAGAGAGCGAAUUCGAGACCGUGAGAGGGAGAAGGAGAGGGGCCGAUACCGAAGAUAGGGGGGAAACGUUUUAAACCUUUUUUUUUUUUUUUUUUUUUUUUUUUUUUACAUUAGUUUUUUCCCCACUUUUUUUUUUUUUUUUUUUUUUUUUUUUUGUACAGUUCAUCAGAAAAAGUAAACUGAAUCUUUCUGGGCAUUUUUUUUUAUUUUAUUUUAUUUUUUCUCAAUCUCAGUUAGCAUCAUGCAGAUGCAAUGCAUUUAAAAUUGAACUGUGAAAACCAAAAAGCAUUUUUAUCCUCAAUUCUUUUUUAUGUUCUAUUUUUAAUCAUUGGUUCUGUAGCUGAUCCUGCAGGUGUUGAGAAGGAGCUUCCUUUCCGUUUUUUUCCUCCCCACUUUCAGAUUGUGAGCCAGACUGUGCAUUCCUUACAUGGCUGUUGCAGUUUUAUGUGUUUGCUAACUCUGCGCUUGUCUUUGUGAGUUCUGUUGUACAUUUAAAUAAGGUCAUAGGUGCCAGUAUUCCAAGGCACUGCUAAAUAUGACAAUGUUGUAUCAAGUAUGUUUCUAUAGCUUUGUCUGCUGCCAGGCUUGUUUUGAUUGAGAAGUGGGUAAAUAUUGCCACAUUUGCUUCUUGUCCAUUAAAAACAUAAAUGUCAUGAAGGUUUGUAAAUUGACUCAAGUCAUUUGUUGUUGGACUAUCUGUUGGAUACUAUAUGGAUACAUUUUGUACAAAAACAAAUAAAAGAAAGUGAAUUGCA